GCCGCCGCCUCUUCAAUGGGCAACCUGCUCGGCGGGGUCAGCUUCCGCGAGCCCACCACCGUGGAGGACUGCGACUCCACCUGGCAGACGGACUCGGAGCCCGAGCCCGAGCCCGAGCCCGAGCCCGAGCCCCAGCCCGAGCCCGAGGAGCCGGGGCCCGGCGGCGGCGGGGGCCAGGGCCCGGGGCAGGAGCCCGAGCAGCCUGCGCAGCCCCCGGAGCGAGGCGGCGGGCGGCCCCGCGCCAGCCCCGCGCCGGACGGAGACGCCGAGGCGGCGGGCGCCGAGCAGGGUGGUGAUUCCACUGAAGCAACUGCCAAACCAAAGAGAAGCUUUUAUGCUGCAAGGGAUCUGUACAAAUAUCGACAUCAGUACCCACAGAACUUCAAAGAUAUCCGAUAUCAAAAUGACUUGAGCAAUCUUCGUUUUUAUAAGAAUAAAAUUCCAUUUAAGCCAGAUGGUGUUUACAUUGAAGAAGUUCUAAAUAAGUGGAAAGGAGAUUAUGAAAAGCUGGAGCACAACCAUACUUACAUUCAAUGGCUUUUCCCCCUGAGAGAACAAGGCUUGAACUUUUAUGCUAAAGAAUUAACUACAUAUGAAAUUGAGGAAUUCAAAAAAACAAAAGAAGCAAUUAAAAGAUUCCUCCUGGCCUAUAAGAUGAUGUUAGAAUUUUUUGGAAUAAAACUGGUUGAUAAAACUGGAAAUGUUGCCCGGGCUGUUAACUGGCAGGAAAGGUUUCAGCAUCUGAAUGAGUCACAGCACAACUAUUUACGAAUCACUCGUAUUCUUAAAAGCCUCGGUGAGCUUGGAUAUGAAAGUUUUAAAUCUCCUCUUGUAAAAUUUAUUCUUCAUGAAGCUCUUGUGGAAAAUACUAUUCCCAAUAUUAAACAGAGUGCUCUGGAGUAUUUUGUUUAUACAAUUAGAGACAGGAGAGAGAGGAGAAAGCUCCUACGUUUCGCCCAGAAACAUUACACGCCUUCAGAGAAUUUUAUUUGGGGACCGCCGAAGAAAGAACAGUCAGAGGGAAGCAAAGCCCAGAAAAUGUCCGCCCCUCCCACCUCUGGUCAUAUCAGUCAAACUUCUAUGCACAAAAAGUCCAAGGACUCCAAAAAUUCCUCCUCAGCUGUUCAUUUAAAUAGCAAAACAGCUGAAGAAAAAAAAGCAGCACCAGGAGGACCUGGAGAGGAAACAGACAGUCUUAGCACAGAGCCCAGCAGUGAAGCUACCAAGCCAAGAAACACCGAGGACGGUAAUGCUGAAAAUUCAAAUUCUGAACUGGAAAAAACAGUCACCGAUCCCACAGAGAGGAAGGAGACUGCAACUCCUCCUGAAAAAGAUGAAGAAGGUGAAAAUCAUAAGAAAGACGGUGAAAAUCCUGGAACUACAGGUUCCCAUGAUGAUGUACAAUUACAGUGAAUUAUCAGAGAACCCACAACCCAGCUUAGGUAAGGGAGGAGAAACCAUACAAUGUAUCCUGAAGAACAGAGGGCACGUCACAAAUUUUAGCCAUUUGUUUGUGAUUUCUGUUGUAAAUGUUUUGCUGUUGUUUUUUUAUUGUGGAUGACAAUGAAUUUAAUAUUUAGGAAGAAGUUUCAAACAAGACCCAAUAAAUGAAUGUCUUCUAUAACACUUUUAGGAUGUGAGUGUUCAAAUUCUGUACAUAAUAAUUGCUUUUCAGUUAUUUUCGACGUAUCUGGAAAUAAUCAUGUAGUAUUUGAUAUAUCAAAUAAAUUAUUUCGGGAGAUUACAUGAAGAAAAUCAAGAGGAUAAAUUUCAUGCUCUUGCCAUACUUUUGCCCAAAUUUAUGGAUUUAUUUCUUGAGCUGGCAAAACAAAUUUGGACUUUUUAGAUGUAUUAAGAAAGUAAUUUGGACUCUUUCAUUACAGCACCUCAACAUGUUUAUUUUUGAAUUCUGGUAUGUGAAAUUUCUGUUCUUGGGGAGCUAUAAUUGCCCAGCCCAUUCCUUGGCCCCACUGUCCUUUCCUCUUUCCUUGUCUCUGCACUUGUCCUCAUUUGCCAUUUUUGUCGGCCAGCAUGUGCAUUUCUAGGGUAUGUUCAAGUGAUCCGUACUCAAAUUUAAAUGGAACAGAAGAGCACUUCAACUGUACGAUAUCAAGAAUUUGCUUUUUUAAAGUAAUGAAAAUGUUUUUCUGUGUUAAAUGCUUAAAAACAAAUUACAAUGCAAAAGUCCAAGGAAAGUAUUUUGCUUUUAUGGCUGUCUCAUAGAAAUUUGGUGCUUGUUUCUGAAUGCAAAUGACUAAAGAAUUAAAAAAUAAGGAAAAAAAUUACUCAUUUUUAAAUGGCCUGCUUCUUACCUGGCAGCAAAGCAGUGGUUUCUAAAAGCCUUGACUAUCUUAGUGUUCUUUGGGCUAUGAAAUUAAUAAUCUUGCUUUGUCCAGAGUAUCUUUAAAAAAGAAAACAAUAUGAUGUAUCUCUAAGUUGUCAAACCUUGAAAUUGAGAAUAGAUUUGAAAUUCCAUAUCUUCAUCAAAUUCCUUUUUUUUAAAGAUUUAUUUCUUUAUUUAUGAUAGAGAGAGAGAGAGAGAGAGAGAGAGAGAGAGAGAGAGGCAGAGACACAGGAGGAGGGAGAAGCAGGCUCCAUGCCAGGAGCCUGACGUGGGACUUGAUCCCAGGACUCCAGGAUCGCGCCCUGCGCCAGAGGCAGGUGCUAAACCGCUGAGCCACCCAGGGAUCCCCUUCAUCAAAUUCCUUAUCCACACUAAGUUUUAGUAGACACUUAAUGUGUUAAUAUUGGUUAGAACAAGUAGUUUUAUUUCUUGUACUACUUGCUAAUAUUAAUUGAUGUGUAAUUAAUAUUACACAUCAGAAAAUAAUCAGAAACUCUGUGGUGAGAACUUCAAAGCAUACAUACAAAUACAGUUAAAGCAAUUAAUAGAAAAAAAUUUCACUUUCAUUUGGAGUGGAACUAGCUUUUGUGUAUCUCUUGGGUUUUUAGAUUCACUUUAAUCCCCAGAGAAUUUUUACUAUGUCCUGUUUGUGAGUCCUAUCAUACCAUCUUCUGUUACCUUUAUGAUUGGGGAUUUCCAGCAGAGGAUUUUUAGAAAAUCUAUCAAUAGUAUGUCUUUAGAAAUAUGAUUUUAUUGCUUUGAAGUUUACAUGAAAUACCACGGUUGCUCAAACUUGACUUUUUAAGUAUGAAUAUUAGUAACUAAGUUGUAUAUCAUAUUCCAAUUAAUAUAGACUAUUUUCUCAUUUUUGGUUCCCAUAAUAUCCUAAUUUUUGCUUUCUGUUGUUUUGUGAAAUCAGUAUUAAGAUUUGGGGAAACAAUUCUGCUUUUGCAUUUCAAAUUUUUUUUUUUUUUUUGUAUGGGCCGUCUUAAUGUGGAGCUUAUAGCACGGCCACUGUAGAGUUUAAUAAACAGUUUUCCAGGUUAGAUGGUGAGAGUAGUUGUCACAUUGAGCCAAAUUGUAGGAGCAUGAUUAAUUCAAAAUAUCUUACCAAUUUUGAAUACAUGAUAAAGUGUUCAGCCUGCUUUCUAAGUGCAUAAUAUUAAAAAGUUGUGACCAGAUAUCAAAAUAUUGACAAACAAUGGACAAAGACUAAAAUAAAUGGUUAUAAUCUGAAUGACUUAGGAACUGUAGUAUAUCAGAGCCCUUACAAGUAAAAACAUUUCAUUCAACAAUUUAACUCUUAGAAUAUUAUUCCUAACUAGGGGUUUGAUUAUAUUGUGCAAAUUAAUUUGAGAAUAUUUAGUUUCAAGGGAGAAAAUUGCCUGGCUUCCAUUUAAAACAUUGGCCUUGUCCCUUCAUGUCAUUUUUUAAUGCAUAUUCAUAUAUAAUAGAAUGAUUCCUCCAUUUAAUCUGCAAAUAAUUUAUGAGAGAAUUCUUCAGUGAAGAACAAGUAAGGGGAUGUCAUUCCUUUUGCAGAUAAAAGUUAUGAGUGUUUGGCAUUUUUUUCUAUAAAGAAUACUUUGUACAAUUAAUAGUUUUUUAAAUAAGAUCUAUAGAUAUGUAUUUAUGUGGGUCUUCGAUAUGAAACAGCCCUCUGGGUUUGACUCUGAUGUUUUGUAUUUUUAAAAAACUACCAUAUGCUUGCAGAAAAUUAUUGAGAAGUUGUUUUAAAAAAUGCAGUGAAGCAUGGCCAAAUAGCUAGAAAAAUUAUUGAAUCUUUGCAAAUAUAUAGACUUUAUCAUUGUACCUUGGACUGUGAGGAUAGAAACAUUGGCUAUUGAUAAAAUAUUAAAUUGCAUUUCAUGGCAAGUAGAUGUUAUAUCACUUAGUCUAGCACAUUUCUAAUAUUUUAUGCUUUCAUAUCUCUAAGGAGAUAAUGUAUGUGGAAGUAUUUUGAAAUACUGUAAAGUGAUAUAUAAUUAUAAGAUAUAUUUCUGUACAGUAGAGAAAAAGUUUAUAACAUUAAGAAUAUUGUACUAUUAUACAAUUUCAUGCUCAAUCUCAUAAGAAACUAAAAAGAAUCAUGAUAGAAGUGAAAUGUGUCUGAUUUCUGUAAAUCAGGUCUAGUUCUCAGUUCAAAAAUUAUUUUGUAAAGUUUUAUUUUGAAUUUAGGUUUUUAGACCACUUUGUAAGCUUCAAGUAGGAAAUGAAAUGUACAACUCAGGAGUUAUUAGAGAAGUUCUAAGAUUUUUUUGCUAAGUAUUAAAAAUUUAAACAUAUGAAAAUGUCAUAGUCAUUAUGUUUCACAUUUUGUAUAAAACUACCUAUUUUGCUUCUAGCUUUUAUGCUUUAAUAUGAGUGAAAAUAUGAUCUGGUGAAAAAGGAAAAACAGUGCAAUGUUCUGAGUUAUUCUUUAAAAAAAACACUUUAGUAGGUAAAUUUCCAUAUCAAGUGGUCAAAAACUGGUUGAACUGAUAGAGACUAUUUGGUUAAUUGUUUAAAUUUCCAAAGUUUAAAAUAGAGUUAUGAUUGAGUUCAUACUCUGUCAAGUAACUAAAUCAACCAGGUUUUUGUCUUUCUAUAAGUAAGGCUCUUCUAAAAGCUUUAUUUUCUAACCUGAGAAAAGAAGGACCUUCUUGAUCUUACUUGAAUGUAUCUUCGUCUAUGGGUCUUUUGUGUCUAUUUGGGCUGAGUGGAGAUUCUUUGUGUUAGGAAUGGUUUUGAAGAUUUCUAAUUUGUUUCUCACUUAGAGAAUUCUCCUUUGUCUUUUGGGGUAUAUGUGUUAAAUACAAGGUAGGUUGGAGUUAGGCGUGCUAGAAUCAUUUCAAUGCAGGUGUGGGUGUUGAGAAUGACAAGAGGGCCAAUGUAGGAUCUUGAAAAUUAGGAGUUACAUAUAUUGAUAUAUUGACUUCUUUCAACUUUGAAUUCUGGAGUGUUUAUUACAUGAACAGAUCUGUGUGGGUAAUCUCUAGGGUGACAAUGAGUACUACCCUGCCUCCUUCCCUGUUCUAGUUAUCCAGCCCACCCAGCAGAUUGUGUUCAGGGACAGACGGUGUUUUUAGGAAUCCCUUAUUACUGAAGUUAAUAAUAAUAUAGUUAUAAAUACGAUUGCCUGGAGGUAUCUAGAUGUGCCUUAACUAAUGUAAAUGGUUUUCAUUCAGAAGCUUAAAUUUUUACUCUGUUGUAAAAUCUUGACACGAGCAACUUUCCAAACCAUGAAUAUCAAUUAUUUUAAUGAAUUUAGGUUGGUGCUUUUUCAUUUUGGAGAAAUUUCCCUCUGUGACAAUAGCAUCAGUUCAUAAGAAAGUGCACUUGCCACAGUGUUCAACAAUGUGUUACAUUUGACAAAAAAAAUGUUUAGGGUAAGAAACAUUAACUACACUGGUAUAUUUAUUUAUGCAUUUUCUUGAUUUUGCUACAUGCUAUGAUUUUCAUUUUAAACAUUUCUCAGUUACUUCAAGUAAUAUCUGUAUUUUACUUCUCAUUCUUAGCUGCAGAUGGAUGCAGAAAAUGGACUUCUGUUAGAGGAUUAUUUAAAAGUUUAAUUCCAGUAGAUGGUUAGAGGAAUAUGAAAUUAAUUUUCCUAUUAGAAAUAUUUGAAAAGCACUGUUUUUGCUUUUUUUCCUAGAUUAGACUGUUCUUUGUCAUCUGCUUUUUUCUUGAUCUGUUGAGAAUUAUUGUUUUAGUUUUUUUUUUUUGUAGGAAAUAGCUUCUUAAUAUGUUUGUUGCUUGAAUUAAAGUUUUCAUGUGGAAGAUAAAAUUAAGUGCUUUGUUUAAUGGCUCAAACCAUGCCUGAAAGUAGAGUUGGGAAUGAGGACUAAGAAUCAGCUAGGCAUCUUGAUAACGUGGAGCCAAUACUGGGUUCCAGUCUCUCCGAAGGAUGUGAUGGGUACUCAGAGCUUCCUCUGAAUUAUGAGGUGUUGAGCCUCAUUAUCAUGACUUUUGAAGAAGGUAGAUCACCUUGGACUCCAUACACAAUUUUAAUAGGUAUCAAUUAUCACAAAAUAUGUUACAAUUUGCUACCAUUUUGUAGUUGUUUAGGAAAUUGUGAGCAAUUGGACAUCCGUCAUGUAAAUUACAGCUGAAUCUUUAUAACUGUCUUGGGAAACAUUGAAAUACCAUUUCUGCCCACCCUCCCAGUUCUUUCACCAAAAAUUCUCUUGGGUUGUUCUUUCAUAGAUAAAUAUUUUAAAAAAUCUUUAUAAAAUGACUCAGUGUAAUUUAAAAAUGAACUGAAAGGGAAAAGACAUUGAUGCUUACUUGUUACAGUGAAAGACCUCAUUAAAAAAAAACAGAACCUUAUGAAAAUAUAUUUAAGCUAUGAGGUUCAUCAUAUUUUCAUUUCUAAAUCAUAGUAGAAUUUAUGGAACAGUUUACAUUAAUCAGAGAGAUUAUGUAUAUAAUAAUCUUAGUCCUAAGAAAUGUUCCAAGUUCUGUACUCAUUGGUCGAGUAGGCAUUGUUUUUUUCAGUGUUGAAAGAUUUUCUUGUGAAGAAAAGGGAAACACAAACGGAACAAGAGAUUGGGAACACUACCAGGAACUCUACUACAGAAAUAAAGAUAUAACCACCGAUGGGUUUGUACAAGUGACGGAAUUCUUGGGAGCGGAUGAGGAAUGAUCUAUAUAAAAGCUAUAUAAAAGUAGGAGUGUGAUUUUGGAAUUAGCUCUAAGUAACUGGUGCCUAGGAGAUCAGGGCCUGGUGUGCAAACAAUCCCAUUAAUACUCUGAUUUGAACCAUGACUUCUGGCUCUUCCACAGGAGACUGCGACCUUCCAGGAGACCAAUAGAAUUAGGCAAAUGAUCAGAUACCAAGUUCAGUUUCUUUGCCAGUGGGUAUCAAUACUUGGUGGUUUUACUAGCAAGGAAUUAAACUGGCUGAGAUAAGAUUCACUACUAAAGUUGUCAGCAAAUGAAGCAACUAUCUCCCAAAAAAGAGUUGACACCAUAUUUAUUGUGUGGUGUUACAAUUAAGAGAAGUAAAUGAGAGCAAAGCAUCAGCUUAUCCUUUGAUAAGCAUUUUUUUUUCAUUUUUUAAAAAGACCAUUUACUUACUUUUUUCCUAAAUAAGAUAUUGACCUUCCAUUAGUAUUACCUAAGAAGAUAGAUGGCCAACUGGGUCCAGGCAGUAUUUCACUUUGGAAACUGUUGUGUACUUUUUAUUUUAAGUAUUCAGGAAAAUGAGUAUGAUUCUUAAAAAGAUGUAUGUUUUACUUCUCACAUAAGCUCUCCCUGUCCAGCAGCCCCUGGGUCUUCUCUGUGCUCUAUAUUCACCUGCAGUAUGAAUUACAGAAUGCUGUGCAUGUCUGUUAGUACCAAUACCAUGUGUAUGUGGUAGGAGUUGUAACCAGUUUCUGGAUCUGUAUGGUACUAUGAAACACUUAUUUUAUAAUUCUGUAAUUGUAUGGCAGUGUUAUGCCAAAAAUGUAUAAAGAACAAUAGUUUCUGUUGCUGACUGCUGUAUUUUAAAAUAUUGUUUCUGAGAUAAUAUAUUUAGAGUUCCUUUAGAGUAAUUAUUUUUAAAAACUAUUGCCAAAUAUACAUCCUGUAAAAUGAAUAAAAGCCACUUCAUCUUGGUUAA